GAUUCGGUUUGAACACCCCUACCUUUGACCAUAGCAAAUAACAUGUGUGCCUAUUUUUCAAUUUUAAGUUUCGCAGAGAUCAUCAAAAAAUUAGUAGUUGUUUCCUAAGUUAUGGUUAUAAAGUAGGAAAAGUAGUUAACCCACAUUCGUUUUCCCAUCUGCAUGCAUUAAUUUAUUUCCCCAACUUUUCCUUUAUAUUCUCCUCUUGACUUUUAAUUUGCACCCUAUCUAUAUAUAUGUAUAUAUAUCUCAAUAGUAGAGACCAUUUAAGAAGCAAUUUACAGAACAGUAUUCAAGUAAAAUGCAGAUCUCAACGAGCACAAUAAGUGCAAUAAGUUUUGUAGCAGUGGCUCUUCUUUCAUUACAUGUCAGUGCUCAAUCGGAUUGCCAACAGGUGGUUGUUGGGUUAGCUCCGUGCCUGCAAUACAUAGAAGGGAAUGCCACGAGCCCGUCAUCAGGAUGCUGCACUCAGCUCGCCCCUAUGGUCAAGACGCAGCCUCAGUGCUUGUGUCAGGUUUUGAAUGGCGAGGGCUCAUCCUUUGGAGUCAAUGUCAAUCAGACACUUGCUUUGGCUCUUCCUAAAGCUUGUAAUGCCCACACUCCCUCUCUUAGCCUAUGUAAAGCAACUUCGCCAACUGGUUCUCCGGAAAUCUCUCCGUCCACUCCUUCAGGAGACAGAUAUUCAAGAUCUUCGCCAUGUGGAGAUUCAUCAGGAGGAUACUCAUUGAAGCUGCAGCCAUACUCUCUGUUAUUUACCCUUAGUGAAUGUACCCACUUUGUCAUAUGCCACAAUAUUCAGCUCCAUUUUAUAAACUAAAGCUCACUCAACAAAAAUACCGUCUUUAAUUUUGUCAUAAAGAGAAUCAUUGUAAGAAGGUUUUUGUCUAUCUUAGAUUUUUGCUUAUGUAAAGAUGGUUCAUCACAAAUUCGUUAGAUUGUGAUGGAUGUGUCAUCAUUUUCUUUUAGAUUUUGAUUUUCUCAUAAAUAUUGAACAAAUUAAGCACUUUUCUUUUUGAAUGUA